CCGUCAUCAAGGAAGAAACAAGAAUUUGAAUAAAAGACCGUUUGGGGGAUACCAGAAGGUGAAAGGUGAUAUUCCCCCCCCCCAAAAAAAAACACAUUGUUACAAUCAAAACUUUCGCCAAUUCAAUAUUUCUCAAAUGAGUACCUGGAAAUGUUGGCCUGAAAUGAUUCUCCAACACCUCAUCAUUCCAGAAGAGAAAGAGAGAUAUUGAGUCUCACAGGAUCUUACGACUCCCCAUUGUUUCAAAAACUCGACAGAGACAGAAGAAUAAAGGAGCUGGAAACGUAAAAAGUGUUUGACACGACGAAUAUCAAGAUCAAACAAAAACAUGUCACGAAUCCCAAGAGAUCUCAGAAAGAAGAAAAGAAAAAAGUGGUUUGAGAAAGAUGUGAUUUUCAAUCAGAAGAGUAAUGCAAGACCUGCCAAGUUUGAGUCUUUUCGUCAAGUAACCUGCCUUGACGAUAUACACACACACUUGCAAGAAAAGCCGAACAAACAGAAAAUUCUAAUGUAUACAGGAAGAAAAGAAAAGAAGAAAAAAAACAUACAGAUGAGUAAAGAGACUCAGGAACAGAUGGGAGUAGCGAAUGGUUGGUCCCCACUCAAUGAAAGCGCUUGUGGGGAGAAAAAAAUGCUGGGUGUUUGUUGUAGAAUAGUAAUAAUACAGGGGGUAUCAGAUCGAUUUCAUAAAAACGCCGCCAGGGUGUUGUUGUUUUUGACAGCGGAGAAAUGUUUUUCAAUCCAGAAGGGGGAACAAAGCAGUAAUGACUGCUGGUGAGAGUAGGUAUUUCAAGAUUCUCCAGACGCCGAAUGAAAACUACCUGGUGUUCAAGGAAAACUUCAAUGAUAAUUGAUGCA